CAGCAGCGCCGGGCAACGGCAGAGCCGCGGGCACGCGAUGGCGGCGGAGCGGCUCCUGCCCGCCUCGCCCAACUGGUACCUCAGCCGCUGCAGCGACGCGAGCGCCGGCGCGCGGCUCUUCGGCUUCGCGGCCCGGAACAGCGUCUACCUGCUGCGGGUCGGCGCCCAGCCCGCCUUCCACGGAGAGCUCAUCGGUCAUACAGAAAGGGUUUCUGGAUUUACCUUUUGUCAUUUCCCUGAUCAGACCAACCUCUGCGCGAGCAGCUCAGAUGAUGGAACCGUGAAAAUCUGGGAUACUCAGACUCUGUCUCUUGUAACUGAGCAUACGCUCCAUCAGAAUACAAUCUCAGCCUUGCAUUGGUCACCCCUUGUGAAAGAUCUGGUUGUGUCUGGUGAUGAGAGAGGCAUCAUCGUUUGUUAUUGGCAUAACAGAAAUGACAGCCAACAGUUCUUCCCUGAGCCUAGGACCAUCUUCUGCCUCACGUGUUCCCCUCACCAGGAGAAUCUGGUAGCUAUUGGUUACAAGGAUGGCAUGGUGGUUAUAAUUGACAUCAGCAGGAAAAAAGAAAUUGUUCAUCGCCUGAGAGGUCAUGAUGAUGAAAUACACUCCUUGGCAUGGUGUCCUGUGCCCAAUGAAGAAGGAUUAUAUAGUUGGCAAGAAGAGCUUCAAGCAGGUGAGGUUCCAAAUGGGGAGCUAACACAGGAGGCAGCUGUAGCAAAAGGUUGUUACCUGGCUUCAGGAAGCAAAGAUCAGACCAUCCGGAUCUGGAGCUGUGCUAGAGGCAGAGGGGUGAUUACUCUGAAGUUGCCCUCUGUGAAGAGAAGAAGUGGGGCAGUUGAUCCUGCUGUUAAAGAGCGUAUUUGGCUGACUGUUCACUGGCCAAGUGACCAUCCCAUGGAGCUCAUGUCCAGCUGCUUUGGAGGUGAACUGCUGCUGUGGGAUUUGGCCCAAUCGGGAAAACGCAAGUGGACACUUUUAGGAUCUUCCGAAGGGCAAAAUCACUCGCGGAUCGUGUUCAAUCUGUGCUCGCUUCGAGUGCAGGGCCGAGAGUUGCUCUUUUCCAUUUCAAUGGACAGAGAUGUGAAGUGUUGGGACCUAGCAACACUAGACUGUUGCUGGACUGUGCCAUCUCUUGGAGGGUUUGUCUACAGCCUAGCCUUCUCCCCUGUGGACACUGGCUGCCUGGCCAUAGGGGUUGGGGACAGCAUGAUCCGGGUGUGGAAUACUCUGUCCAUAAGCAACACCUAUGAUGUGAAAACAUACUGGCAGGGCAUCAAAGCCAAGGUCACAGCUUUAUCCUGGCACCUGACUAAGGAAGGCUGUUUAGCCUUUGGAACAGACGAUGGAAAAGUUGGUAUAUAUGACACCUACUCCGGCAGCACCAAGAACAAGCCUCCUCAAAUCUCCAGCACCUAUCACAAGAAGACUGUGUAUACGUUAGCCUGGGGGCCUCCAGUUCCUCCCCUGUCUUUCGGAGGUGAUGGUGACAAGCCCUCUCUAACAUUGUACAGCUGUGCUGGAGAAGGUAUCGUGUUGCAGCACAACCCUUGGAAGCUUAAUGGAGAAGCAACCGACAUAAAUAAAGUAAUCAAAGACACUAACUCGAUCAAACACAAAAUGCCUGCUCGCGCUGAGAUCAGCUGGAAACCAGAUGGCAAAAUCUUGGCACUUGGUAAUGAGGAUGGAUCAAUUGAAAUAUUUCAGGCUCCAAACUUGAAACUGCUCUGUACCAUCCAGCAGCAUCAUAAACUGAUUAAUGCCAUUUGCUGGCACCAUGAGCAUGGGACCCAGCCAGAGCUGAGCUACUUGAUUGCCUCGGGUUCAACCAAUGCUGUCAUUUAUGUGCAAAACCUGAAGAGCAUCAUAGAGAGCCCUCCAGAAACUCCUCCAACAAUAACGGAGCCUUUUCGCACUCUGGCGGGACACACUGCUAAAAUCACAAGUCUGUCUUGGAGUCCACACCAUGAAGGGAGGCUGGUAUCCGCUUGCUACGAUGGCACUGCACAGGUGUGGGAUGUUCUGAAGGAGGAGCCUCUGUCCAAUUACCGAGGGCAUCGGGGCCGGCUGCUCUGUGUUCAGUGGUCCCCAGUGGAUCCAGAUUCAGUGUAUACAGGGGGAGAUGACUUUUGUGUGCACAAAUGGCUCGUCUCAAAGCAAGAGCACAGCCACCCCCCAAAAGGAAAAAAAGGCAUAGAGCUGGAGAAGAAAAGGAGCUUUCAACCCAAACUCAAAGCCAAAAAGAAGAAAAAGCUGGUGGGAAAGAGUCCAGCAAAGCAGGAUGUGAAUGAGGCAGUAAAUGGCGACGAAAGCAUAAAGGAGUGCGCGUUGGAUGAGAAUGAAAUGUCAGACCAUGAGGCUGAAAAGGAAGCCCAGGAGCAGGAGCUGUCAGACAGAGUCUCACCAACAGUUGCCAAAGAAGUUCCCUUGCAUCCAUCUGCUGCCUCUGUCCCUGACCUGAUGAAACCUUUCAUGAACCAUAGAGCCACCCCAAUGAAGAAGGAACAACCUAAAGAGAAACCAGCUCCUGAUACCUCUCUGAAGAAAAGAAAGCCUCGCUCCCUUCUGCCUGUCAGCACCUCUCUGGAUCAUAGAUCAAAGGAUGAAUUACACCAGGACUGCUUGAUGCUGGCUACGUGUCUGAACGCCAAAGGAAAUCUGGGGAAAGACUUGGUUCCUGACUCAGAUCAUGUCCAUCUGGGGCUGUUUGCAGACAGAGCUGCUCUGUACAAGAUGCUGGAGGUGGAAGGAAGAAACCACUUGGAGAAUGGGCACCCAGAGUUGUUUCAGCAGCUCAUGUUGUGGAAAGGAGACCUGAAGGGCACCCUCCAGUCAGCUGCUGAGCGUGGGGAGCUAACGGACCAGCUGGUGGCCAUCUCACCCAUGGCUGGAUAUCAGGCCUGGGUGUGGACGGUAGAAGCCUAUGCAAAACAACUGUGCUUCCAAGAACAGUACAUCAAGGCUGCCUCGCAUCUCCUUUCAAUCCACAAGGUGUACGAGGCUGUGGAGCUGCUGAAAGCGAACCAUUCGUACAGGGAAGCAAUUGUAAUUGCCAAGGCCAGGCUGCGUCCAGAAGAUCCAGUCCUGAAGGAUCUCUACACCACCUGGGCAGCGAACUUGGAGGAAGAUGGCCAUUAUUCCAUGGCAGCCAAAUGUUACCUGGGAGCUGCAUCUUCCUAUGAUGCAGUGAAAGUGCUGGCAAAAAAAGGGGAUGUGGCAUCCCUAAAAGCUGCUGCGGAGCUCGCUCUGAGAGCUGGGGAGAAGGAUCUGUCAACCACGUUAUCUCUCAGAUGUGCCCAGGAGUUGGUGUCUGCCAGGAACUGGGUUGGAGCACAGGAGGUCCUUCAGCGGCAGGGAAGCCUACUGGGACAGAGGCUAGUUUUUUGCCUUCAUGAACUGCUUUGCAAGUGCCUCAGUGAAAGAAAUCUAGCUGAGCGGAAGAGCUCCUCCCUGCCCUGUUACCACAGCUGGGAUGUGAGGGACAAAGACUCCUUCCUUGAGAUGGUGACUGAGGUGUGGCAGAGCGUGUUUGGAGUGAGCACCGUGGAUCAGGCCAGGACCAUGUGGGAGCAGCUGCAUGGUAUUUUGUAUCCUCCCGCUACCACCAACACCCAUCCCAAGCAGCUGCUCUUCCACAUCGCCCACGAUCUGACCCUGGCAGUGCUGAGCUACCAGACUGCUUCGUGGGAGGAGGCAGUGACAGCUCUUCUCAGUGCCGUGACCCGCAGCUGUGAUGCUGGCAACUUCACUCUUCUGCAAGAAAUCUGCAGCCUCCUCCUUCCCGAAGGCUGCGAUGACCUGAGGCACAAACUGGACAGCACGAGCUGUCGGAGCAUGGCAGCUCACAAGAGUUUAGAAGGCUUCCUGGCUUACGGACAGCUGUAUGAUCUGUGGUGGAACCUGCCCACAGACUCCCCCAUCUCCAAACAGAUGGUGCCAGAGUCUGUGUCUUGCCCUAGUGAGCAGGCAGCUCCUGAACAGAAUGCUGUCUCGGGCAUCUUUGCGGAAGGAAUGGCACCUGAGCUGGAAGAACAUCCCCCCAGCAUGCCUGCUUCCUGCCCUGGGCCCUGUGCAGCUGACUCAGGGGAUCGAACAGAGAGGCAGCUGAAAGUGAAUAGAUGUAAAGUGCUCCUUUCUGAAGAGAUUGCUGCUUUGCAGAACACCCAGAAAGACAUUGCCAAGAUCCAGGACACUCUGGCGGACAUGAUCCGCCAGCAUCAAAGAAACAGCUUGCAGGAGAGCAAGCUGCAGCCCAGCCCCGAGAGUGAGUCGGACAAGCCCAUCCCUCCAGGCAGCCAGAGCCCAGGUAAAGCAGCAGCAAAGGAACCGGUUUCCCUUCCUGAGCUGUCAAAGCAGCUGGCAGAGGCCAAGCAGCAACUGGCAGAAUUUCCAGACAGUCUAAAGGCCUUCCCAUUCCCAGAUGUGCUGGAGUGCAGCCUGGUGUUCCUUCACAUCCACUCCCAGAGCCACAGCGACCCCCCUCCGCUGCCGGUAGCUCCACCAAGCCAGGGCAGUUCUUCUCUGAACCGAGGAAUGGUCUCUACUGCCACCACUGCUUUUUGAAGAACCAUUGUUCUGGAAGGAGCACGGAUCGUCAAGUCAAGCUUACGUAGACUUUCACUACCAGCCAGUCAGCUACUCGUGGCCUCAUGCGCCUCCACGAGCGAUACCGUACCCGUAACAUUAGGAGACGUUGGCUUCUGCCCUUAAUGUAUACAAGAUCUUGUUUAUAUUUAGUUUUUUAAUUUCUGGAGAGAGGAAAAUUAUGCAAGGGAAGCCCUUGGAUUUACACACUGAAAAUGUGGUAAAUGGUUUAAACGGCUACAGCUACCUUUUGGCAGUAUAGGAGCGUUAGCUGUCAUUUCAAUAAAAGGAGCAAUAUGUUUUUUAUUUUAAAGGACUUAAUGCUCAAGCCAGUGUUAGUCGGGGGGUCUGGGAAACUGUUUAAUGUUUUUUUGGAUGUUCAGGAAAUUUGUGUUCCUUUAAAUAAAAGCCUUAUACUUCCA